AUGGGGGCAGGCUCAGGCGGCAGGUGGUGGUGGUUGGCGGUGGUGAUCAUGGUGGUAUCAGUAUCAGAACCUGCGCUCUCAGACCCACAAACUAACCAAGUAGGCAUGCUGGAUUGCACUGCCUUCAAUUACACCGACGUACCAGAUUCUAUGAGGGCACUGAACGCCACCUUUGCUGAUCUGAGAAACCAGUUAUCCAGCGGCAACAAACGCUUUGCCACCUCCACUCAGCAGCCUGUGUACGCAAUGGCGCAGUGCCGAAACUACCUCUCCACGGCGGACUGUGUCGCCUGUCUCGACGCCGCCGUGGUUGCAACCCGGAACUGCUCCAAAAAAACCGGUGGUUAUAUCGUUUUUGAUGGCUGCUUCCUCAGGUACGAGAACAGUUACUUCUACGAGAUGAUUAAAGGUUACGGGACCUAUCCAGUUUGCGGCACACGAACUGCCCCCGACCAAUAUGUUUUCAAUACGACAGCAAAACAAGUGCUAUAUGAGCUUCAACUUGCAACCCCCAGAAUUAAUGGCUUUUUCGCCGCAGCAAAGCAGGAGGCCUCUGCUGGUGGUGCUGCCGCCUUUGCGGUGGCACAAUGUAUUGAAACAAUCGACGAAAUUGGGUGUCAGGCAUGUUUGACAAUAACUUACAGAAACAUACUGCUUUGUUUAUCAAAAUCUGCCGCUGCAAGAUCUGUCGCCCCAGAUUGCUUCAUGAGAUACUCAAACAAGCGCUUUUUCCCCAAUAACCAGACAACUAACCUAGCACCCUUCCUAAAAACAGGGAGUUCAGGAAAGAAGAAAGCUAUUAUUGCAGGUGUAGUCAGUGGUGUGGGAAUCAUAUUGGUAUUAGCAGCCAUUUUCCUUUGGUAUAGACAAUCAAAAAGCCCAAAGGCUUCAAGAAGAGGCAAUAUUUUGGGGGCAACUCAGUUCAGAGGUUCAGAGAACUACAGAUAUAAAGAUUUGAAAGCUGCAACAAAGGAUUUCAGCAAAGAAAAUAAAUUAGGUCAAGGAGGAUUUGGUGAUGUAUACAAGGGCACGCUACAGAAUGGGAAUGUGGUGGCAGUAAAGAAACUGACAAUAAUUUCCAGUAGAGCAAUGACAGACUUCGAGACUGAAGUUAUGCUUAUUACAAAUAUUCAUCAUCCCAAUCUCAUUCGUCUAUUGGGAUAUUCUGGUGAUGCAGACGAGCUGCUACUGAUUUAUGAAUACAUGGCAAAUGCCAGCCUUGACAGAUACAUAUAUGGAGAGAAUCGGGGGAUGCUGAAUUGGAUGCAACGGGUUGAUAUAAUAUUUGGUACAGCUAGGGGUCUUUCCUAUCUGCAUGAGGUGUGCAUCAUACACAGAGACAUAAAAUCCAGCAAUAUACUACUAGAUGAUGAAUUCCAACCAAAAAUAGCUGAUUUUGGUUUGGCGAGGCUUUCACCUAAAAAUAAGAGUCAUCUUACCACUAAAUUUGCAGGGACUUUGGGAUAUACAUCGCCCGAGUACGCUAUUUAUGGUCAUUUAUCAGAGAAAGUUGACAUCUACAGCUUUGGUGUUGUGAUCCUGGAGAUCAUUAGUGGGCGAAGGAGCACUGAAAUACGAGUUGAGCCUGUAACUGAGUAUCUCCUUGAACUGGCAUGGAAAUUGUACGAGAAUGAGGAACAUCUAGGACUAGUGGAUAAGAGUUUAGGCCCAAAUGAGUAUAAAGCAGAAGAAGUGAAGAGAAUGUUGGAAAUUGCAUUAGUGUGCACACAAUCACCCUCCAAUCUAAGGCCAAGCAUGUCAGAAGUGAUGGGCAUGCUUUCAAGUAUUGAUGGCUCAAUCAUUCGGAGACCCCAAAUCAGGCCUACUAUUAUUACUAAUAAUUUCUAUUAGAGGGUACCUGCAGUCACUGCAACACCUACUAAUGCCACCAUUUCACUUUCUGAAUUCUCAGGCCGCUAGCUAGCUAGGCUUUUAGAAACGAAACGAAAAUGAUAUAUGGA